CGACGACGUAUAUGCAUCUCUUUCGGUAGCACAGUUUUCUUGCAAUGGGUUUUUCAUUUUUAAGUGUUUGAGCGAGACCGCGCAGGGCGGCGGGGGCCCGGACGGAAAAAUAUGAACAAAAUUUUGUGCUCUUAAAAAUUAUUGAUUUUCAUCGUUAAAAAAUAGGAGACGAGUCGCUUAAUUGCAUGCGUGAUGUGAACGUCGGUCGCGCUCACUAACGUAUAUAAAUACAGUUCCAGUAUUCAAACCUUAAAAUAUACAGUCUAGUCUAAAAAGUUUCUACUUAAAAAUAUUAAAAAAACGAAAGUAUUCAACGUACUUAAAAUUUUAAAAUAAAAAAGAAAAAAAACAAGAAAAUAUUUUUACUUCCUAGCGUUAGAAUUUAUACACUGUGAUACAAAAGUUUUUGGUGGGAGUUUUUUGAAAAGAGAACUGUGCAAUUUUUCUAGUGUGUAACGGUUUUGUGCAAUUUUCGAAUUUUUGAAGUUGGAGUGCAGUGAUUGGCCAAAGAUAAUGUUAAGCUAGUUUUCGUGAUAGUUUGCCUUGUGAACGAAAGAUGGCGUUACCUCCGCAACAGUUUUGCGUCAGGUGGAAUUCCUACCACACUAAUUUACAGGCGGUAUUCCCUCGCCUACUCCUCACGGAGCAGUUUGCGGACGUGACCCUGGCUUGCGAGUCCCGUCAGCUGCGCUGCCACAAGCUGGUGCUGUCAGCAUGCUCCGCCUACCUCGAGCGGCUGCUGCUGCAGAACCCCUGCGACCAUCCCAUUGUGCUGAUGAGGGACAUGAGGUUCAGUGAGAUGCAAGCUCUAGUGGACUUCAUGUACAAGGGCGAGGUGAAUGUCACCCAGGAUGAGCUGCCCAGUCUACUCAAGUCUGCUGAGGCUCUGCAGAUCAGAGGUCUAUGCUCUCACGACACAUCAGGAGUGUCGGGCGAGGCGGGUCGUACCGACAGCAAGGACUACACAGUCGCCAGCGACGCGCUCGUCGCGCAUGCUCAACGAGACGCGCAGCAGCAGAACGGCCCAUCCCCCGCCCAGAAAUCCCCCCCAACAAACAACAACAACACCCACGCAACAACAACGAACGGAACCAAAAAGAGGAAAUCAGAGGAGAGAGCCGACAUCAAGGAGGAAACGGUGGAGGAGGACGGACUGUAUUACGGCGAGCUGGACAACGAUAACAUGGAGUUUAACGAGGACGACGAACCCGGGAAACCAGGCAGCAGUUUAGGACAAGCAUCAGAGUUCCCGAUAGCCAACGUCCAGUGUCAAUACGACAGCCCAUCUGACACGGAACCUGAGCGGGGUGGUGCGGUGGGAGGAGGGGAGCUCCCCCCACAGACCCCGGGGGAGGGGGGCGUGGCUAGACCCCCUGCUGACCACACGUACGAUACGCGCGAUGAGCCACCCGCAUUUAUUAUACGACAUGUUAAUAACGCGUUACACUUACAAAGUCCACCGCACUUCCGCGAGAUCAGGCCCAAGAUCAUGACGAUAGGGCCUGUCCUGCGACCCUCGUCCGCCUCCGUCAAUGUCAUACACGUCGGCGAUCAGGCACAGAACAUAUCCUCCCCACCGACGGAGUACAGCAUGAACAAGCGCAUCCGUCGCAGCGAGGUGGUGCUCCGGCAGGCCGCCGACUGCGUCAGCCGCGGCCUCACCUUCCAGACUGUCUCCGAGCAGUUCAACAUACCCAUCUCCACUAUACGAUUUUUCAUGGCGCGGAAAGGCAUUCUACCACGACGUAGAAGAGGGCGUAGUACCGCGCCAAAUAGACCAUGUAGCAGUCCAGAACCACCCUUCCACAUGCAGCAUUUCAAGCUACCAGACAUGGUAGCCCUCAGGGCAGACGACGAAGACCCCCCCGCGCAGUAGACCCCAAAUUAAAGUUAACCCCAACACAAAGUUGACCCCAACUCAAAUUGGACCUCACCAUAAAGUUACCCCGUCGUGAAGUUGGUGAUAUUAUUAACAUGAUACCGUUGUGAGGUUGACCCCAUAUUAAAGUUGACCCCACCGCGAAGUACUGAAGAAAUCAAGUAUAUAACUUUGUAAACUUGAGACAUUGGUAUCCUAAGAUCUGUAGAAAAAUUCUAAUCAUUUUUCAAGUAAACAAUGUUUUGACUGGGACAGUCUCUCAAGCCUUAUCCCAACUAUGUUGGGGUCGGCUUCCAGUCUAUACAAAUGUAUGAAGUUAAAAAAAUAUAUAUAACAGUGAUGACGAGUUUUUUCAAAAAUAAUAUUACUUCUUGACUGAAAAUCCGGCAUUGUGACUAAAUCUACAGUAUUUUACAUGAAACGACUUUAAAAAAUACUUGUAUAAGGUAAAAUUGAACACGUGAAGUGAAUGCCUUAGAAAAUACACGAGUAUGCCAUAAUGUGUAAAGGUGUAUACAUGGAUAGAAGGCCUUAAAUAUGUAUGUAUUGUAUUGUAUAAUCUGUGUACCCUAAAGGUACACUAUUUCGUGGCCAUAACUUUUUAAAUGAAAUAAAAAGACAUUUCUCCGGUGGAAAAUCCCAAGUUAACCGACAACAUAAACGUCAGUUUUUCUGAAAACGAACUGAACUCUUUCUCUGAACGUUUUACGAGUAGUCAGAAGCUAGAAAAUCAGACAACCAGUCUUACCAAGGGGUUGCCCGGUUAACUGGGUUGAAGAGGUCAGAUAGGCAGUAGCUCCUUGUGGCACACUGGUACUCAGCUGCAUCUGGUUAGACUGGAAGCCGACACCAACAUAGUUGGAAAAAGGCUCGGCAUUGAUUUUCUUAAAACAACUUUUUAAAUAAUUAGUUGUUGAAAAACUGACGUUUAUGUUGAACUUGGGUUUAAGUAUUGAACAUUAAUAAUUAACGAAAAUAACACCUGACUUACGCCAUAAGUAAGAUAUAUAAUUAAUCUAAAAAAUAUAAACUGUGAAUAUUAGAAUUUAGAAUCUCAGUAACUUACUUGUAUAAAAUAUAUAAUGUAGCCGUGUAAUAUUAUAAUAAACAAUUCGAAAAUAAUUUUGCCCACCAAUGGGCAAGGCAUUCAUAAUUUUUAUGCUAUACAAACUCUUUUGGAAAACCAAACGUUUUUUAUGUAAAAAUAAUUUAACUUUUUAAAAUCUCAUAAAGUGAUCUUUUAUAUUAAAGCUGUGUUAAAAUAUAUUGAGGAAAAGAUCUCGUAUUGAUAAAAACAAUAAUUUUACUGAUUACAAAAGUGCUUUCAACCACAUUUCAGUUUUAAAUUGGGCCUAAUUGGAAGACUGCCUGAUUUUCUUGAAAAAACUUUUUUUUGCAAAUUUUUUAAGACAAUUUGUAAAAUUACUCCAAUUUUAAUUUAACAUGUACCGGUAAAUCUGUUUAAAAGUACCCGAACACUGCAAACGUUUAGUCGGCCGAUAGUUUGUUUGGGUUCAUAAAUCAGUAUGAAGAUGAAUGGUAGUACGCACAUUACAAAGAUCAGGUAUUUAGCCGGUAUCAGACCGACUGAGAACUUUGAUUUGAAGCAAGAUUUUCUUUAAAAAAGUUUCUCAACUGUAGGCCGACUGUUUAGUUUAGUCUGUAGUGUGUUAAAGAGUAUUUAUUUAAUAAAUAACCGACGUUACAAAAUGGAGGACGUUCUCAAUUUUUCAUUUUUUUUGUGGUACCAUAGAGAAGUAUGUACAUAAUUAAUUAUAUAAGUACUAUAUAAUUAUGUAAUAGAUGUGGCCUUUAUGUCUAGACAAUGUCACUAUUUUUACUUAAAAAUAGAUUUGUAGAUUGGCAAUAUGGCGUUGCAAUAUUUCGCGACAAUUUUUUCAACAAAAAAAAUCUGUGCAAUAAUUAAUAUACUGUAUUUUAUUUUUGACAUUGUGAAUAACGUAAUAAUCUGAUUAAUUAGUAAAUAAAAAUUGAUUGUCCAAUGAAAAUCGCGCGAAAUAUUGCAAAGCUGACAUGUAUCUGAAAGCGUGUAGGCUUUGUAGAAUGUGGUACCUUGUAGGGCACUAUUUAGUGCCAAGUUACACUAAACACAAUGUAGACAUGUAGACUAAUGCCCGUUCUCACCAACAAUCUCUUAACGUUUCCCUUACUAAGUGUCACUUAGAAUAAGGGCUCCCCCAAUAAUAUAGGUAAUAAGGGACACUUAAACUUUGGUGAAAACGAAAUUCUUAUUAAGUGUUCCGUAAAUGCUCUUAGAGGAUCCCUAAAUUUAGGUAUUUGUUGGUGAAAAUGGGCAUAAAAGUACCAAGUGACACUUGAAUACUUAUAUUCCGAAUUACAGUCACAAACGAGUAUUAUUUAAUAAGUGGCACACUAACGCCAUCCAGUGUCGAGUAGCGGAACUAAUCGUUUUAUUUUUGUAAUAAUAGAUGGCGUUGUACGCCGAGAAAAGUAUUUUUACACGAGUUUAAGUUUCGGCAGCUAUU